GCCUCCGUUUAUCCCGGUUGGGGGGGGGAGCGCAUCCCUGUAUCCCUCCAUCCCGCAUCCCGCCGGCGUCUCUCCCGCUGCCCCCGCCGCCAUGGACGAGGAACGCGAGACUCUGCAGAGGAUUGUCAGUACUCUAGUGAAUAAAAAUGAUGAAAUUCACAACUUCAUCGACAUGCUGAACCACACAAUAUCAAAUGUUCAGCUAAACUCUUCCAAUGCAAUCAGCGAGCUGGAUGAAGAAUUUGAUGGUCUAUAUUCUGUAUUGCAUGAGAUGAAGGGGAGUAUGGCCAACACUAUCCAGCAAGAAGAGGCUCGUAAAAUUCAAGCUCUGCAGGAUCAGCUUAGCCAAUGUAGUCACGCCCUGGAGAGUUCUGAAGAGCUGCUGGAAAUUGCUGUGCAGUCUCUGGACAUAAAGAACCCUGCAAAACUCUUAGAGGCUGCCAGACAGAUCAAAGAUAGUGUCACAGUGGCUUCAGCAUUCCGCCUCUCCCUGAAACCAAAAGUUAGUGACAGUAUGGCUCAUUUGAUGGUGGACUUCAGUCUGGAAAAGCGCAUGCUCCAAGCUGUGAAGUUUUUGCCAGUCCCUAAAGCUCCAGAGAUAGAUGUAGCAGCAUGUCUGGUUGCUGAUAACUGCAUAACAGUAUCAUGGAGGAUGCCUGAAGAAGACCCCAGAAUUGAUCAUUUUGUACUGGAGUACAGGAAAACGAACUUUGAUGGGCUCCCUCGACUAAAAGGUGAACAGCACUGGGAAGUGAUCGACUACAUCAAAGCCAUGCAAUACACAUUAUCAGGUCUGAAAUUUGAUACAAAAUACAUGAACCUUAGAGUACAAGCUUGCAACAAAGCUGUAGCAGGGGAAUACUCUGAUCCCAUAACUCUGGAAACCAAAGCAUUUUUGUUCAGUUUGGACAGUACUUCAUCUCACCCAAACUUGAAAGUUGAAGACACGUAUGUUGAAUGGGAUCCCACUGGAGGCAAAGGCCAAGAAAAAAUAAAAGGGAAGGAAAAUAAAAAUAGUGGCCACAAUCCUCUGCUGAAGAGCAAUAGAAGAAGCAAUGCAGCAUCUCCGAAGAGAGCCACCAACAGCCCAAGAGCUUCAGCCAGGGGCAGCAGGGAUCGCUUUGCUGGUGAAUCCUACACAGUGCUGGGAGACACUGCUGUUGAGAGUGGACAGCAUUACUGGGAAGUGAGAGCCCAGAAGGACUGCAAAUCCUACAGCGUGGGAGUCACUUACAGAAACCCAGGGAAAUUUGACCAACUGGGAAAGACUAAUUCAAGCUGGUGCAUCCAUAUCAACAACUGGCUGCAAACCACAUUCUCAGCAAAACAUAAUAACAAAGCAAAGACUCUUGAUAUACCUGUUCCAGACAGAAUAGGAGUAUACUGUGACUUUGAUGGAGGUCAGCUCUCAUUUUACAAUGCAAACUCAAAGGCGCUGUUACACACCUUCAGGACUAAGUUUACCCAACCAUUACUACCAGGCUUCAUGAUCUGGUGUGGAGGGCUCACAGUGAGUACUGGAUUGCAGGUACCAAGUGCCGUGAAAACCCUUCAGAAAAGUGAAAAUGGAUUGAGUGGCUCAACAAGUAGCCUAAACAAUGUUGCCUAGUAGUGUCUGUUAAACAUUGCUGUUGCUGAAUGUUGGUUUUUUUUCUGUGUAGCUACUACUCACAGAAGCUUGUGAGCAUUGGAUUAAACUGGGUUUGCUACCUUCUGCUGUUUAGGGCCUGGGUACUGGUGCAAAGGUUUGAGGAUAAAGUGUUAGUAACCUACUGGGAAUCCAGACAAAUGUCAGAAAACUGAACUGUUGCCUAUUUAAAAAAAAAAAGAGAAAUCAAAAGCUGUAACUGUGUACUUUUCUAAUACUCUAUUUAAUAAUUUUAUUAUGGACUCAAAUAUUAGUUUUGUUACAGAUGUUAUUUUUCUAUGAAGAAUAUAGCAAAUACCAUUUUAUUAGCUCUCCUAAUAUGACUUAUUUAACUUUAUAUUUUAUUAUUACUAGGCUUCCCAUUAGAAAUUGUGAUGUCAGACAUGCAUUUUGAAAUAAUACUGAUUUGCUGGCUUAGCCUGGCAAAAUAUCACAGCAGCAUGAAUUCAGAAGCAUAUUAAAAGACUCUGUAGGCCUGGUAUGAAGAAACAGGAAGAGCAGACUGUGAUUGUUUUGUUUCCUGAUAUAAAAUUUUCCUAUUUCCCCAUGAGUAAUUCAUUUAAAAAUCACGUAUAUUGAGGUUGGCUCCUGUUUGUCACAAAUUACAGAAAAUGUAACAAUAUAUUUAAAAGCAUUCUUAUGUCCUCAGUGAAGACACCUUAUGAUACCCAGCCAUUGAGCCAGGAAGUAUUUUGGGGAAGAGGUUCAGAACCAAAAGAUCCAGAGCUGUCUUUUUUUUAAAGCUGCAGAAUGGUACCACUUUCUCAAAAGCCCUCAGCUUUAAGUCCUCUCUUGGCUUUUGAAAUGUUGAGCCAGGGUGUUCCAUCACUUUGACUCCUAGUUGGAAGCUUAGUAACAAUAGUCAAAUCAUUCAUAAUAAUGGGAGAGCUAAAAAAAAAAAGUAAAAAAUCAUGUUAUAUUCUUCAUGGAAAAUUCCAGCUUGUCAGUGAGAACUACUGGUGUUGUAUAGAUUGUUUAAAUCUGUUUUCUUCCCUCUAAUCAAGUCCAGGAAUGUAGAAAUAGUUUUCAGGUACACACUUAACUCAGCUGUUUCCUAACUGAAGAUUAUUUCUUGGUAUCACCUGAAAACUUUUGUGUAAAUUCAUGCUGAUAAGGGUCCAUAAUUAAUUGGCUUCUUUCCUACUGGGCCAAUGUACUUUUUUCUUAUGUGUCUCCUUUAGCCCGUAAAAAAAUGAACAUGCUAAUUAUGUUAAAUCUUACUAUCAAUGGCUCCUUCCUGUCCAUCACAAUUUCUCAAGAGGAGAAGAAAUUCAACUUCUAAUAAACUGGCUAUGAUGUUCAGUGGGAAGUUAAAAUUAACAAGAAAAUUAGCUAGGAAGUUUUAAUUUUUUUUCAGAAAUCAUGAAGUUGACAGGAUUAAGGUUGAGCCCUUAAUGUCUACUUUGCAUUUGGAACUUGAGCAUCUCUGAUUAUUUGCAUUGUUAACAGUUACCUGUAAUCUGUUUUUGCAGAGAAGAGUACAAAAUAAUUCCCAGUUAAACUGUACCUUCUUCUGCCAGUUCAGUGACUGGGGUCUUGGGGCAAAGAUACUCAGAAGUGACAUGGUUCUUAGUUAACAGUGUCUGAAUCUGUUUCAAACAUUAUCUGCAUAUGUUGUUAUCCCAGUAAUCUAUGUAUAAUCCUUUUCUUUUUACUGCAGUGUAUUCCUGACUGGGAGUUUUAGGGGAUCAACUGCUGGGAAUUCAGUUUUGAGGCCUGUUCUUCUCUAGGACUGUGGUACACAGACAUCAGAACAGGCUGACACCUCCUCACACCACCUAGCCACUGGCUUGAUCUUGGGUAUUCAGCUGCAGUUUUUUUUUCCUUUUUGGAAGGAAAGGGAAUGUUUACAACAAGCUAAUGUGUAGUAAGAACAAACAAUGACUAAUAUCCAGCCCUAUGUAAGAGCAUUUAAAUUAUCUUUUUUUUUUUUUUUUUUUUUUUUUUUAGCAAGCUGUAGCACAACCUGCAAGGUAGAUUUGAUAUGCACAAAUGUAAAAAUGUUUUUUUUUUCUUUAACAUUUAGUUAGAGAAAAGCUUGGAGUAUUUCAUACUGUGACUUGUGACUUGCAAGUUUUGGUUUAACUGUCAUAGAUGAACAUAACAUGUGACUUUUUACCCUUAAAAGGAUCGAUUUGUAAUAUAAUAGUUUGCACAGAUGUCAAAUUUUUGCUGCUAACAUCUAGUCCAAUUUUUUUUUUUUUUUUUUUUAGUAAAUGGGGAUAUGAAAAAUUGCCUUAAGCACUUUAGAUUUUUUUUUUAGACUGUUGAUUGGUUUUUUUCCAGAACUAGUGUCUCUCCAGUACCCCUCAUCAUACAAUGAUGAGCGAUGCCACACUGCUUCCAGUGAUGUUUUGUUGCAGUUGGUGCAAGUUCUAUACCCGCAGCUGGAGAGGGACAUCUGGAGCCCAUGUGGUUACCUUUUUCCUAUGUGAAUCCAUUUCAGGGAUUUGAGGGGUUGUUCUUUGGUAGUGGAUUAGACCUUUUGAAGGUCUGUGGUUGAAGCCAGCAGGCAUGUUGUGCUUAAUACUCCGAGUCUCUCUACACUGGAGCUGAUGCUGUGUGGUGGCAAAACAGAAGUAUUCUGCUCUGUGACCAAAAGGAGGAGUUCAGUUUGUUUGUUUUUUUUUUCUAAAUAAUGAUUGCUGGUAAUCUUUCAGAGUUAAAAAUAUUUCACAACUACUUAUGAGGAACUAAAGGGUUUCCUCUUGAGCUCCUAAUAUAUCACAUGAGUGUAGCUCCCAUUUGAUUCUGUGGAAAACAGUAUGAGAAAAACUGCAUGAACUGCAACAAGGGAUGUCAGUGUCAGUAUGAUUAAAAAAAAAAAUCCAGGGGAUAUAGGUGCUUCUGCAAACACCAAAUAUUAAAUAAAUGGCAAGAGGUGACAGGUUCAUUUCUUAGCUGCCCUCUACGCAAAAAAAAAAAAAAAAAAAAAAAAAAAAAGGCAAGCAGAGGCCAGUGUAUAAAUUCUGCUUCCUCCCUUGUUCCGCGUUUCAUAUGAAGAAUGGGGGGAUAAUCUGGAAGAAUAUUAGCCUUUGUCAGUGUUUCGUUGGAGGAUGGUGGUUCUUGGGGGGACAGUCGUCGUGGGGUGACCUGUGUUGGUGUUAUCCCCCAGCAUAACUUUGUUCGGGGCAGGGGGGAGCCUGGGCGGGUGUUCCCCUCGGAGCCGAUCCCGGUGGUCCCCCCGUGACCGAACAUCCCCGGACAGGAGAUGUAGCGGGGCGGGGGGGAAGGGUGGUGGUCGCAGGGCAGGGAGGCGUGCGUGUGUGACACGGUGUUUUGU